AUGACGACCCUCUCAACCGUUCUCGUAUUACUAGUUUCGUCCGUAUUCGCUAGGCCGGAUAACGAACAUGUUAUCGACAACUCGCAACUACAUAUCGAGUCAUCGGUGGACCGUUGCUCAUCAGCCAGCGCCCUCGCGUUUAUGCAAGGCGCAUAUCCGCCUAUUCCACACGUCUCAUGCGACACAGAUGUUCCCAGCCACAACUGGCUUGCCGACGGCACAGUCAUCAACUACCCGAUGUGCGGGUAUCAAUAUCCCAAUAUUCGAACCACAGUCCCUGAGCGGGAUUCAGAUUCAAUUUGGAGCAAUGGACAUGAAUCAUGCACCAAGCUCGACAAAUCGUUGCUUAUGUUUUCCAACAACAGCGUAGCGGACUCGAUAUACGAAAAUACCAAGGAGUUCUACAGCAAGCUCUUUGAUGGUGUGUUCAACGAGGCGUUUCCCCGGUCCCAGGCCAACUUCUUCAAUGCCCACGAGCUGUCCGACUACGCUCAGUACCGCCGGAACCAUGAAUCGGGGUUUACCUCGAGCGUACGAUCCGAAGACUUGGACUUAUUGCGGCACCUGGCGGCCCAGGAACAGUUCCUCAAAUACGGACAUUUGGGGAAAACUCCAAGCGAUUUGACAUCCGCCAUCGCCGGCCGGACUCUCGCGUCCCGCACGGUGGCUUUGUUUGCAGAGAACAUUGAGUCCCGGGGUACACGAAACAAACUCAAUCUCGCUUUCGCUUCGCAUGAACCCUUUUUGGGGUUCUUUGCCCUUGCGCAACUCACCACUGGCUCUUCCGCCAACCUGUUCUCGCGUCUCCCCGAGGCUGGUGCCACAUUAACGUUUGAACUGUUCUCGGUAGAUUCUGAGGACAUCGACGAUGCUUCUCCCUGCGACAGUCCGGACUGUCUCCGCGAAGCGACCUGCGACGGUACGGGUUCGUGCGAUAAUGCUCCGGGCAUCGUUACCGCCGGGGUCUCCAGGAUCACACGCCGCGGUCGCGGCCGGAAGAACAGGCGUGACAAUUCGAAUCCUGCUUUUGUAUAUCCCCCGAUCGAACGACUUUACGUCCGCUUCCUCUACCAGAAUCCCAACUACACCUCCCCCACUUGGUCCCCAUCAUCCAUCAACGACGACUACACAGCUUACCCUCUUCCGCUCCUCACGAACGGCGGGGUUGAUAGCACUGCAGUGUCGGUGCCAUUCCGUCACUUUAGCGACACCAUGUCAGCAGUGGGAGUCGCUAAUGCUUCCGCAUGGUGUAAUGUCUGCGAAAGUACGGAGUCGGUGCUGUUUUGUAAAGGGGCUGUCGAUGAGCCGGUCGCCGCGAAGCAGACAAAUCGGUUAAUGGCAGCCAUGCUAGGGUCCGCCGGUACUUUGUUUGUAGUUGCCUUUGUGGGACUGUUCGCAUGA